AUAAAAUAUGACUUCAACUCUAGAUGCGUACAUGAAUCGGAUGGUGAACGUGGUCACUGGUGAUGGUCGGGUUAUCGUUGGACUUCUGAAGGGAUUCGAUCAAUUAAUCAACUUGGUGAUUGAAGAUGCUCACGAAAGGUCGUAUUCUGAGACGGAAGGUGUGCUCACGACACCAUUGGGACUAUAUAUUAUUCGAGGAGAGAAUGUAGCGAUUAUCGGUGAAAUCGAUGAAGAACUCGACAAACGCGUUGAUCUGGAAAAUGUGAAAGCGGCCCCACUUGCACCAAUUUGGAUUCCCCAAUAAUUUCCACACAAAUCGAUAUUCUGCAUUGACGCGUUGUAUUGACUGGUUAUUCUCAUCGUUUCCCCCCACCAUUUCUUCUCCCCAUUUAAAUCAUUUUUCCCAAACUAUUCUCCAUUCUUUUCUUGUUUCCUUGACGGUUUUGUAUUCAUACCAUCGUUUCUUUACCAUUUUUGGAUCUCUAAUUUCCUCUCAAAUAUUGUGAAAAUUUAUACAUAUUUAUUUGCUUUGUUUUUAAUAGUUAAUGUAUUAAAUAUGCAUUUAUUCAAA